UGCGUGUGAAAGCAUGACAUGGUAUACAUCGGCAGGAAGAAUGACUUUGGUUAACAUAAGAAAAAGGGAAACAAUAAUGCGAAAAGAAUCCGACCUUCUGUUUUCUGACCAUUCCAACUUUUUUACAAUGUCCAACGAUGCCAACGAUACGUCUGUUGUUCCGAGCAUGAACGAACCCGACUGGUACAACAAUGCACAAAAAUAUUGGACAAACGUGGACGCCACCGUCGACGGGGUUUUGGGAGGCUUUGAGUCGGUCGAUCCCAUCGAUGUGAAGGGAUCCCUCAGUUUUGUCAAUGAAUUUGUCCACGGAGGACGCCACGGCACAGUGCUUAAACCACCGGUUAUCACCAACGGUUAUGCGUGCGAUUGCGGUGCAGGCAUCGGUCGCGUCACGAAAAACUUCUUGCUCAAAGUACCUUUCCAGAAAGUCGAUCUUGUAGAACAAGCGCCCAAUUUUGUACAGCAGGCCAAGGACGAGUAUUUGGCUGCCGAAAUCAAACAAGGCUUGAUUGGCGAAAUCUAUUCUCAGGGCUUGCAGGAUUUUGUUCCUGAACAAGGCAAAUACGAUCUGAUAUGGUGUCAAUGGGUGCUCGGUCACUUGACAGAUGAGCAUUUGGUGGCGUUUUUCAAACGAUGCAUCAAAGGACUGAAACCCAACGGUCUUAUUGGCGUGAAAGAAAACAAUUCCAGCAAAGGCUAUUUGCUGGAUGAAGAGGACAGCAGCGUCACCAGACCCAAUACGGCGUUCAAGAAAAUUUUCAAGGAAGCAGGUUUGGAAGUGGUAAAAGAAGGCAUUCAGCGAGGUUUGCCCGCUGGAUUAUUCGCGGUGAGAAUGUACAUGCUAAAACCGAUCGCGGAAUAAUUGCGUCCGAAGCACCUCCAUGUCACGGCUUCCAAAGAAAAAAAAAAAACUCCUCCCCUGCCCCCUCGCUCCUUUCUUUCGGUCAAAGUCAAGCUUUUGUACCCGACAAAAGGGUGAAAAGCAGGGGUUCAUCCUGUUCAUUCACUUUCUGUUUAUCUAUAUAAUUAAAAUCUUUGAAAAAUUAGCGAUUUUGUAAAUCACAUGAUCUACACUAAGUUAUCAAGACCUGUUAAAC